ACUCAGCUCAUUCAAAUGGUGAUAUGGAUGCUCCAACACCGGCUUCUUAUUCAGCUUCACACUUACGUCUGUCUGAUGGUGCCACCAAAUGAGGAGGAUUUCCGAGCCCAAGAUGAAGACAUGCCCUUUACUGCCAGAGUUGGAGGCCGAAGUUUAAGCACCCCCAAUGCUCUCAGCUUUGGUUCUCCAACUAGUAGUGAUGACAUGACUCUGACAAGCCCUAGCAUGGAUAAUUCCAGUGCUGAGUUGAUACCUGGUGGGGACUCACCCCUAAAUAAAAGGAUGACGGAGAAUCUCCUAGCAAGCUUGUUGGAACAUGAGCGGGAAGCUAUCCUUAAUGUCCCUGCUGCCCAAAAUCCAGAAGAUCUUCGCAUGUUUGCAAGGCUGCUGCACUAUUUCCGAGGCCGACACCAUUUGGAGGAGAUCAUGUACAACGAGAACAUGCGUCGCUCCCAGCUCCUGAUGCUGUUUGACAAGUUCCGCAGCGUGCUGGUGGUGACCAGCCAUGAGGACCCUGUGAUCUCAGUUUUCCAGUCUCUCUUAAAGUGACUCUGCUGGCACUGGCAAAGGAAGGGAACCUGCUACACUCUUGAUACUGAUCAUCUGCAAGAUGUCUGAA